AUGGGACAAGGUGGGUCAGGUUCAGUUAACGAUUCCCCACAACAAUCACAACAAAAAGAAGAAAAAGAAAAAGAAGAAAAAGUUCUUUAUAUACAGCCGGAACACAAAAAAGAAAUUGUACUCCCACCGUAUGAAAAAGAGGCAGAGGAACUAUACGAGUCAGUGAUUCGUCCUAUUGAGAUUGUGCCCCCACUACUGCGAUCAUCCGUUGGAUUACCUCCAUUAACGCCAAUCACAGAAACGACAGUAUUGAAUGGAAUUCAGCAGCGAUUGUUUUUUUUCUUUUCCUCCAGAGAAACACUAAUGGAACAGGAGGCACUGGAGCAACAGCGGCAGAGAGAACAACAGCUGAAGCGUGAAAUGUCUACAAGAAGAGAAGAUAACAAUAGUGGGAGUUCACUGAAUGUGGAGCUUCGGAACUUUACAAUGAGUUGGAAGAAACUUCAGGAAACGGCAUUAGAGAAAAGUCGUCAAGGGGCAAGUGAGAUUGAUGGCUUUCUCAUUGAAUUGGGGAAAAACCUCCAGUUAAUGGAAAAGGAGGCUCUUGUUCAAAGUUAUCUAAAGGAUCUCUAUAAUCACUGUUAUGAUGAAGAAGUUAAAUUAUAUGAUGAGAUAACAGAAGUUACAAAACUUUUGCAGGAUGAUGUUUUGGUUUUAUUGGAGGAUGUUUGGUCACUUUUGAGUAUUUCCGAGCGGAAUGAUAUUUCUUCUCUACUGGAGACGGAAAGUUAA